AUGGCAAUGACCAAUGAGCUCUUUGAUCGGAUGGAUAACGAGGUAGAAGAUCUGGGGAAGUACAAACCUGGAGGAUAUCACCCAGUCGUCCUUGGCGAGGUACUGCCCAAACCAUCGACCUCCAAAUCUCGAAAACCAAGAUACUGGAUUUUGCAAAAGCUAGGCCAUGGUGCUUUUGCUACUGUAUGGCUGGCAAAGGAUCUACUGGGGUCUCUUGGCUAUGUGGCUCUCAAAAUCAACAUAUCACGCAUCACUGGCGAGAACAAUGAGAUCCAGAUUCUCCAGUGGCUACAGAAUUCCGAUCAUGAAGACCGGCUUGGAUAUAGGAACGUCAUCCACAUACUGGACGACUUCACGAUUCAAGGGCCCAAUGGGACACACGAGUGUAUUGUCACCGAAGUAGUCGCUCCCAUGAAAUGUUUCUGCGAUAUCCCAGAUUUCAAGCCUCGUGUUAAGGAGCUCUCACUUCAGCUUAUGAUGGGACUUUCAUACUUGCAUAGUCAGGGAGUGACUCACGGCGACUUACACUAUGGGAAUAUUGCCGUGAGCAUACCGCGGCUGAAAGAGCAUUCGGUAGAAUCAAUCAUGGAUCUUUUCGAUGAUCCUGAACUAAUCCCCGUUGUGGCGCAAAACCCAUGGAACCAGACCGAGUCAGUUCCAGCAUACGUCCUUCAAGCCGGCUCCUUGGUCAGGUUCUUAGAAGAAGAGGCAGAGAAGAACGCAACUUUUGAACCACUCUGUCUUAAGAUCAUGGACUUUGGAAAUUCGUUUCGAAAGACAGACAAGCGACCGCCAUCAAAUACUCCGAUACAAAUCCGCGCACCUGAGGUAACCUUCUACGAGCUUUCAAAAGGUAAAGUGGCGUCGGACUGGAAUAAGCCUAUAGACAUCUGGGCAGCCGCGUGCACAAUCUAUCACUUGAAUUAUGACCAGUCGUUGUUGUAUGGGUACGGUAAAGGGGAUGGGAUUAUACACCGUACACUCGUCCUCGCCGGGCCUCUGCCUCCAGCAUGGAGGCCUUACUGGAACUUGGAUAAGUAUUGCGAAAAAUCUGGUGAAAAAGGAGGGCUUGACACAGAAGGAUUUUGGGCUAAACAGCGAAUCCAUGGGUGCGGCGGGCCCUCGCAGCAGGAUACGGACCAGCUUAUCAAUUUGUUAAGGAGCAUGCUUAAAGUCAACCCGGACGACAGACCGCAAGCGAGCACUCUGCUCAGUCAUGCGUGGUUUUCCCAACAAAAACAGAACCGCACUUAG